GGCUUUCCUUUGCUUCUACUGCAUUUAUAUUCUCUGUGAAGAGAUAUUCCGGGCGCGUCGCAAUCCUGGUUUAAUAGUUCAAUCGACGGCUCCCCCGAAAACCUUCUCUGGAUGCUCUUCGACCUGCUCCUCGUGAGCGCCGCUGUCCUGCUUAACAGCAGGACAGCGAUGGCCGCCAAUGGUACCCCAUGCCAAUCCGUUAGCUCCAUGUCCUCCGCGUUCAUUUCGCUCUACCCCUCAGCGACCAUCGCUCUAGUCCCCGCCCAAGCUGCAGAGGACUGUAUGAAAUCUGUUCCCCUGGACAAGGAUGAAGACAUGGCCUUGAUUGAAGAAAUGACGGUGUAUAUCAGUUGGCAAUCCAAUCUCGCUUACUUGGUUGAUCCGCCAGCUGGGUAUACAGAAGAUAGAGUGGACAUUGUUGACGAAAUCAAAAAGAUUCAUACCGAUUUGGGCAACGACAAGUACAAGAACGAGUAUGAUGUGAUGUACGAUCUCUCCAUGGCCUUGACUAAGUCAUACGAUUUCCAUUUCGCAUUUUCUCCGGACAUUCUGCGGAAUGUUUUCUCGUUCAGGCGAGGAAACAUUGGACGUGGCCUCCUUGACGAAUUUGCCCUCAUAUCUGUCUCUUCUGACGGCAAGGCCCUUCCUAAGCUGUACAAUUACUAUGACAUCAUGGUUGCAGCAAAAGAAGGCUGGACGCCCUCUGCUAUCAGCACCAUUAACGAUAAAGAUGCCGAGCAGUACGUCCAGAACUAUUCUAAGACCUUCGUGUACCACGAAGACCAUGCACGCUACAACCGCCUCUUUCCCAACCAAGCUCAAAUUUCGAUGGGUGACCGAGUCAAUCAAUUUGGCCGAAGCAACUUUGCUGAUGGAGACUAUACGACCAUCAAACACGAAAACGGAAGCACCUUCAAAUACAUCAACAAUGCUAUCGUUCCUCUGGACGUUUUCGACAAUGUAGAGGAUGGGGAAGCAUUCUUCGCGCGCUUCUGCAAUCUUGGCCCUCCCCGGACGAAUUCAAAGCGUUCCGUCACCAUUGAGAAACGUGCCGAACCUACAGCGACGGGAUUUCCUAAACCAGAGACGCUCCACUCUGAAGGUGUCAUUGGAGGAUACUACCUAAGCGGCAAAGGUUACGACGAUGUUGCGGUCCUUAGUGUCCCGUCAUUUUCACCCGAAUCGGAGAAGGGUCCUGCUGAAUUCCAAGACCUCAUUGGUACCUUCCUCGGUGAUGCCGUCAAGGCAGGAAAGAAGAGACUUGUCAUUGACUUGCGCGGCAAUGGCGGUGGCCGAGUGUUCUUGGGCUAUGAUCUUUUCAAGCAGCUUUUCCCUUCGGAGGAUCCUUAUGGAGCUACCCGGUUCCGCGCUAACGAGGCAUUUGAUAUUACUGGACAGUUCAUGACCAAAUACCUAGAAAAUGCCACCUAUGAAGAAGCCGUCUCCGAUUUCCAGAAGAACGGUCUGAAGAGCGAGCUCGGCCUGGCAUGGCAAAGCAUAUUUAACUAUAAACUUCCGAACACGAUUGAUAACAAGAACUUCACCUCCUGGGAAGAUUUCUUCGGCCCACACGUUUUCAACAACGACAACUACACUUCUGUAAACCGCAAAGACCUGAACAAUUUCUUCUCUGACGACUUGACACUCGACGUUACCGGCUAUCGUACGCGUGCUAACAAGCUUAACAAAAACCAGCCCUUCAAAUCCGAAAACAUCGUGCUCCUCCAAGACGGUGGCUGUGGCUCAACCUGCGCCGUUUUCUCCGAAUUCAUGAAAACCCAAGGCGGUGUGCAGCAAGUUGUAGUCGGAGGUAAACCCACCACCGGACCUAUGCAAGGCGUUGCCGGGUCCAAGGGCGCCCAGGUCUACACCUUCACACAAGUCUCCGACGAAGCCAGCAUCGCAUUCAACAGCCUUCCGGCCUAUCAGGAAGAACUCAACAAAACUGAGCUUGGCGCACUCGUGUAUGCUGAGCGCCCACUCAUGCGUACAGCGUACCAGGCAAACGGUCAAUCACUCUCUGUCAUCAACCUGAGGGAUAAUAUCCGUAUCAACGAUACAAGUGGUAUCCCGCUCGAGUUUAUCUACGAGGCCGCGGAUUGCAGGCUAUUCUAUACCGCGGAUAUGAUCCGCGAUGUCACGAACACGUGGAAGAAGACGGUGGAUGCGAGAUGGGGUGACACCAAGGCCACCUGUGUUGAGGGCAGCACGGGACAUAAUUCGAGUUUGAGCGGUGGUUCGCCAACGAGUGCAAAUAAUGGGAAUGUGAAGAAGGGCGCUGGUACGAGAGUUGAAGGUGUUGGUGCGGCGAUGAUUGCGACGGUCGCAGGACUUGUGGGUAUAGUACUGAUGAUUUGAUUGAUCGAGAGAGCAUAGAGAUAUAAUCUAAGAAGCCGGGUUUUCUGCAUAGC